UCGCAUUUCAUUUUCGGUUUUCGGCUUCGGCUUUUCUGGGGUUUUUAUCUGUCACAAUUUUUCCGGAUAUUUUUCUCGGGUUGUUUUUCAUUUUUUGAAGUAUUUCCCCACUACAGACUCUUCGACUCUUCCGUUUUCCAUCAGCAGAUCGUUCAACAUCUGCGGUACUAAAGUGGACGUGGGACAGGACAGGACACGGGGCCCGUUUGGGUCGGUUCGCAAUUUAUGAUGGUGCAUCUCUUGACUCUGAUAUUUGUCCGAUGAUGAUCUAGCACCAAAGCUACAAUGGAAAUCAGUAAAGUGACAAGCAAAACCAGCAGUCUCAAAGCCCUAGUGCUGAAAGCAUGGCGAGAAAGGUGGACAGACUUACAAUGGGGUAUUCACAUUAAAACGAUUUUACCACGAGGAGUAAGUGGAGAUGUCUAUAACCUUGCAGACUGCAUUCUUCAGCAAGCCCUUGUUGGAUUUGGACCAAACCAACUGGUUUUGUCUUACCUCAAGCAUUGUCUAUGCUGUCAGUUGGUGUCACAUGCAGCUGUGCUGCAAAGGAUCAGCAAGUUUACAAGUUUUAACAAGCACCAUUGCGUCAUCAGUCUUUUAGAACUUCUCGAAACAAUCCAGCCUGGUAUUACCUGUCGUGGCAAACCGGAGGAAGGAGUUUUAGCAUCAGCGGUCCUCUCAUUAACGCACUGGUUGCUUCAAUGCUACCAACAGUACCUGAACAAUUCUUCGGAGUUGCAAGCAGAGAUACUUAGCAAAACUGUCAGCAUCCUGGAGGAGAUGCUCAAAUGUGAUUUUACCGUCGCGAUGCUCUACCUUGGCAAACAUGAGGACAAGGAUGUUUUUAAAGAGAUCAUUGGAAAGUGUAAAGAACUGGAAGAGGUUCUUCAAACUCCCACUACUGAACAUGGAAAGUCAGUAUUGACCUCGAUCAAGACAAUUUGCAAUUUGGAAGUUGGACCGGGUGGGUUCUCAUCGAAUCAGGGAAAAACGGUCGACAUUAGUGAACCACUAACUCACUGUAUUCAACCCCUUUUGGCAAUUGAUGCUCUUCGUAGUGUGAACACGGAUACACAAUUUUUUGUCAACCAGUUGCUCCUAGUUCAAUGUUUAAAGUCCUACUCAGAUAAAAGAUUAUAUUGUGAAUUAAUCAGAGCUUCUAUGAUGUGCCUCAAUGAUGCUUUGGGUACUAAUGAAGAAUCAUUUUGGGGAGCUUUCAAUUUUUUGAAAGUUCCUUGCAUCCUGCAAAGUUUACACAGUUCCAAGAGUAAAAACGGUAGUAGUGAUACAUCAAUUGUAGAAAGUUUCGAACUACUGCUGCAAUAUUAUCCUUUACUUGACAUAAUGGACACAAGAUGUGAUUGCGCCUGCAUUGAGUGUUUCCUGCAAGAACUAGGAAAAAUCAAUUUAAUAACCGAGCCCCAAAUCAAAGCCAUAGCAGCAUCAAGAGAGGUAGCAGUAUCAAAUUUACAUAGGACAGAAGCAAGUCAAGCCGAAAAUACUCCAACAACAAUGCCCAUCUCUAAAGUAAUUAUCAAAGCUGAACAAACGUUAGAUGGCAUGUUAAUGGCUCUGGAUGCUGAAUACUCCAAAAUACUGGAAAGUAUACCUGGUGUACUUUGCCAUGUCUUGAAAAGUUUUGAGUUGAUGGUUGCUGUGGCCAUUGUUAAAGGAAAACUUCAAACGUUUGUGUCCAAGUUAAUAAAAUUCAACGAGUGCACCAAACAUGUUGUUUCGGCUGAUACGCAAACAGCUGAGAAGAAAGCCAUGUUGUUCGAUAUUACAUUUUUAAUGCUUGUCUCAAUAGUCCAGCGAUUUGGCACCCAGGGUGUUCUACCGGACAAGAGCUCAGAUUCCUUCUUUGAACAGUGGGUUCGAGAUUGUCUAAUUGAACAAUUCCCCAAACCACCGGACAAUAUUUUGAAUCUUUGUGAUGCAGAGAAAGUGACUGCCCUCCUAGCUUUAUUGAACUCUCCAAAACCUGACUGGAAAAUGGGUCAAGUGCGAUGGCAUGAACAUUGUAUCAACGUUUCUGGUGCCAUCAAAGAAGUACUCAUUGCCUGGCAGUACAACGCUUUGUCAAGCUCAGACGUCAAACGCUUCCUGGAUGCAAUGAGAUCUCAGAUGCUCUGUCUUCCCGUUUGUGCGACUGUUUGGCUUUGCUCCUACAUGCAUAUUUUACACCAAGAUGAAUUAUUAAAGCCAAUGAACAUGGUAAAACAAUUUUUAAGUCCGUUUGUAAACGAAGAAGCAUACCAGCAAGAUAGUUUUAAUGAAAGAUCACAACUUAUGGCUCAAAUUAUCAAGAAAAUGUUGUAUGAGUUACAUCCUCCACCCUGUACUAAAUCGAAACCUAUCAUUCUACAAUAUGGAUUGGUUUGGAAAAGACCAAUGAAAGAUCUGUUGGACAUUGUGUGGGACAACAUGAUGGAGAAUGGAUGGCUCAGUAUUGAAGAUACACGUGUCCUAAACAGCUUAUAUUACAUCUGUGGCUCAGAAUGGCUUGUUCGAUAUUUAAUUGUGGAACUGAUGACACUUAAAUAUUCAGACAACCUGAAUGUUGGAGUUGACAUGAUUUUUGCAAUCUUUCACUUAGAUAUUGAGCAAUGUACCAUCAAUCUUUUGCGAUACGUCACAAAUCUAUUGCACAGCGUUAAGCAGUGUAAAGAGUUCAUUGAGCCUCAGUCCUCUGCUGUUGCCAAGCUUUGUACUUACUGUAUCUACGCUGCCAUCCAGGCCCAAAGCAACAAAGCAAGCUCCUCAAGGAAAAGAACACGGAAAGAAAUGGAGGCAGCAGAUGACAUAGAGGAAGAGCUGUGUCCUACAAAUAAGAUUCUUCGACUAGGCAAUGGAAUGGAAUCCUCACAAGGCAGUGAUAGCUCUCUUGGUUUUCUUAACGGGUCAAAAUCUUCAUCAUCCAGUGACACGCAUACGCCAAUAAAAGAACCGCUUUUAGAGGCAUUGCAGAUCUUAUUCAAAAGCCUGUCAUUCAUCUCAGCCCAGAGUUGUGUCUCUCAGCGAACACAUUUUGUCUUUGCUUUUAUUAAAUCACUCGUCCUAUGUGGGAAACAGAGGUCCAAGAUUGUUUUGGAGCACAUGCCAAAUAAUUUGAUACCAAAGCUGAUGUGUGCUCUUCCAGAACUGUUCACGACUAAUUUGAUCCUUCAGCUGUAUGAUUUAAACACACCUAUGGGAAGGAAGACGACAGCACGUGACCUUGCUCUCUUAAGAAAUAUCCAAAUGAAUUCACUUGUUGUGGGCAACGUGUGAUGCUUGAUGCAACUGGAGGGUUUUUCCGCAAGUUUAUAAGGUUCAUAAUUGAUUCUUAAAGUUUGGAACCAGUUAAGAAUGGCCAUCAGGUUAUAACAAAAAUAAAGAAAUGUGUUCCUCUCCUCCUGGCCACUUGAGGGAUCUGAUUUAAAAUUGUUUUCUACACGGACAGGAAGAUUAUUGAAUUAGUUAUUGCAUUCUCUGGUUAUCAUGUAGAAAGAUCUCAUCUUGCUUCAAAGAACACUGUAGAUGCAUGUAAAAUUAAGCCAAUGUAUCAUCUCAUAUGAAUUUGUAUCAUAUGUUUCACAAAUAUCACAAAAAAAAUACAUUACUUUUUUGUAAAUUAUGAUGUAAAUACAUUACAGUACCUUUAAGUUAAAUGUGCGUUCAAGAAUGAAUCACUUCUAUUUGUAUUUAUUGUUGUUGUCAUUGUAUGUAUUUUGAAAAAAAAGGGUCUAGUAAAUUUUCAUUUUCUAAA